ACGCCUACACACUUUCAUCCUGGCGGCAGAUAUAAAAGGGGGUCCUUGGGCGCCGAAGACCAUCACGAUUUGGAAACGCACACAAGGGGAACUUCCACUACGCCGCCGCCGCCGCCUUACUCUUCUUCCCCAACCAAGGAGCUCCGCGUCGGAAGGGCGAGCGCCAUGGCCAUGCUGAAGCUGUCCUCUUUCCUCGCCGUCUACGCCUUGGUGGCCUGCCAGAUGGAGAGCUACCAAGCCGUCCCGCUGAGACCCGGCUUAGAGCCCGUGACGGACCGGGGCGCGUUGGGCGACUACGAAGCGCGCCGGCUCCUCAACGCGCUGGUGAAGGAGUACGUGCAGAUGACGGCGGAGGAGCUGGAGCAGGCCAGCGAGGGGAACAGCCUGGACAGACCCAUUUCCAAGCGCUGUGCCAACCUGAGUACGUGCGUCCUGGGCAAACUGUCGCAGGAGCUCCACAAAAUGCAGACGUACCCGCGCACGGACGUCGGGGCAGGGACGCCUGGCAAGAAGAGGAAUGCCUUGACUGAGCUGGACACAGAACGCUUGGCAAACUACCAGGAGGCCCUCCUCGGAAGCAACUAGAGGGGCAAAGGCCUUCCCCUGCCCUCUCUUCCUCCCCCCCACCCUCUUGCCCUUGCUUUUUAAACAGCCCUCACCCACACCCUCCCACAACUUGAUGCAUGUGGAUCUAACCUUGGUUGCUAACUUUGCUCUGUUCUUUCGAAUCUCUUUUUAUUUUUUUUGGAAAAAGUGGAAUAAUUUCAAGUGUCCGUGAUGCGCACACACACAUAGCAGGAUAGUGAGCUAGGCUGUGAUUAGAGCAGGGCUAGGCAAACUUGGGCCCUCUAGGUGUUUUGGACUUGAACUCCCACCAUUCCUUAAACCUCAGCCACUUAAGAAUGUUAGAAUGUUGAGGCUGGCCAAUCAGAAACCACAUGCAAAUUAGGUCGAAAUAGCUCAUGCAUGGGCCUUCUAGGUGUUUUGGACUCCAACUCCCACCAUUCCUUAAGUCCCUGCUACUUAAAAAUGUUAGAAUGUUGAGGGCGGCCAAUCAGAAACCAUAUGCAAAUUAGUAGAAAUCAAGAUAGUUCAUGCAUGGGCGAACUUAGACCCUCCAGAUGUUUUGGACUUCAUCUCCCAUCAUUCCUAACAGCCUCAGGCUCUUUCUUUUUCCCCCUCAGAAAGGAAAGGGUCUGAGGCUGUGAGGGAUGGUGGGCGUUGGAGUUCAAAACACCUGGAGGGCCCAAGUUUGCCCAUACCUGAAUGAGAGGGAAAAGCACCUGCCAGAGUAAGCUGAAUAAGAACCAUUGCUUUGAAGUUUCUGACUAUUUUCCUGAGAUGUUUAUUUUCCAAUAAUAAUAAUAAUAAUAAUAAUAAUAAUAAUAAUGUUUUGAUUUCUGGCUACUUAAUGUAAUAAAUAAAUAAUAAAUGUUUCUUUCAUGCCUGACCAUACAACUGUUCAAUAAACCUAUUUUUCUAUAAGGAUUAGGUCUAUUUCUCCAAAUUAUUCGGUGAUUUUGAACAUGGGUUUCUACUGAUUUCUUUGACACAGCCCAUGCCCAAUGCUUGAAUCAACUGGUUUUUUU